AUGGCACACGUUAGACCAUACAAUUCUUCAGUUCGUGUUGGAAACUGGAAUGAAGACAUCCAGCUAGAAGAGGACAUGCUUAAAGAUUUCCUCACCAGAAGAGCCAAUGGUCAACUGCUAAUUCAAAAAUCAAGUGGCCUGCUGGGCAAAAUGUCUAUUCCAAUGGAACUGAGUAGCACUUCAGAUGGUUCUAUCAGGUUUGGGGAUACCGUAAUGGUUGUCAAUAGAGGAAAUCCUGAUCGCACUGUUUACUGUGUUGGUGAGCUCCCUCGUGAUGACAGCACUUUGGCCAUUCAUAUGCCUGAUGUGAAUUCUUCUGACCAAAAUAGCCCUGCACCUCUGGCUGUUACAGGCUGCAAAAAACUUGUUCCUUCUUUUCGUACAGCUUUUAAAAUCAUGCCUGGUGAUGACUUUGCAAAGAUUGGUGACAAGUUACGGUUUGGCCAGCCUUUUAUGUUGAUGACAGCUGCACCAGAAUCUGGCAAUCUCUACCUUUAUUCUGAUGUGGCUCUGUUCAGUCGAUGUGCAGAGAAGUCUCGUCAUCAGAUCAUACAACUUGUGCCAGAGAAGUCAUUCAAAACCACAUGGCAAGUUGAACACAAGAACCCAUUGGUUAGAAUGGAAUAUGAGCAUGAGCCAGUUUUGGCUAAUGAAGAAUGCAUAAUUCAACAUUGCAAGACACACCAGAACCUAUGUGUUGAGGAGAAACAUAUAGUCACUACUCUUUUUGGCUAUGAGUAUGAGAUAUCAGCCCACACAAACCUGGACUGUCACAAAGCAGACUUGCCUGUCAACAGAUGGAUGCUUGUGAUGGGGGUUGCUGGUGACAGCAGUUAUCCCUUGUCGUUGAAUGCAACAGGAGAUCAAGUAGCUGCAGAACUGAAACCUUCUGUCUAA